AUUGUAUGUUAAAUGUAUAUCGUUGGUGUUAAUUCAACAUUGCUGAUUAAUUAAUCGCCGGAAACGCUGUAAAUUCAUCUCUUUUCUUCCUGAUCUCUGAUUCUAGACAAAGCGUUAUAAAGAAUUUGGGUUGGAAGUUGUGGAUGAAGUGAUUCCGAUUCAGCACCAAACCAAACCGUUCAGUCAGGAAGCUGUACAAUUAACAUAUCUGAUUACCGGGCUGCGGUGUCGGUCACACGGGGAGCAUCUCACGCACUCACACUCACGCACACACACGCACGCACACACACACACGCGCGCGCGCGCGCGCACGCACGCACGCACAGGCAGCGCGCGCGCGUUCAAGUCGGCGAAGGCAGUAAGAGAAGAAGCGGCAGUGGCGGCGUUCCCUCAGCGACGCAGCAUCGUCAUCACACAGGGAGAGAGAGAGAGAGAGAGAGCUGAAUAGGUGGCUGCAUCAUUCUGGAUGGCUGCCUCCAGAUCAGCAGCGGAAGGAGGAGAUGAGCUCGGGCUCACUCGCCUCGUCUCCCCGCACGGAAGAGCCUCAUCCUCGGCUUGAGGUUGCAAGGAUUUACCACUGGAAUUUUGGGACCAUGGAUAAAAUGCCAUCCUACUAGUGCGGUGACUGUAAAAAAAUCAAGCACAUCUUCUUUUGAAAAUGAUAUAAGCAUCCUCACCACAUUCAAGAGAACAUCUGGAGUAAAAUAAAAAUCGCUUGCAUGUGCUGUGCGAUGGUAACAUGACCACAAAAUGCUUGCCAGUCAGCAAAUUCUUUUCUUUAGCCUAGGUUAGUGAACCAUACGAGACUUCCUCCCACACAUGUACGCCGUUUGCCAUGAAUCUGGCCGUGAAGCUGCGGAGGAAUCUGAGGAGGCUGGUUAUCCUCCUCGCCACCUUCUGCAUGGUCAGUGUCAUAGUCUCCGCCUACUAUCUUUACACGGGGUCUGCUCAAGAGCUGGAUCUGACGGACCAUGGCGUUGGCCCAGACUGUGCUGAACUGCGGGUGCUACCUUUUCGACCAGCGGAGCUGAAGAUGCCUAAACCCAUGGACCCAUCGCGGAAGGACCCUGUAGUGUUGGUAUUUGUGGAGAGCCAGUACUCCCAGCUGGGGCAGGACAUUAUCGCCAUCCUAGAAUCCAACCAGUUUCGCUACCAAGCUGAGAUUGCACCAGGGAAAGGGGACAUCCCUCCACUGACCCACAAGGGUCGUGGGCGAUAUGCGCUAGUCAUCUAUGAGAAUGUGCUCAAGUAUGUGGGUAUGGACGCGUGGAACCGUGACCUUCUAGACAAGUAUUGCGUUGAGUACAGCGUUGGACUUAUUGCCUUUCACCGUGCUAGUGAGAACUCCCAGCCUACCAUGCACCUCAAGGGCUUCCCCCUAACCUUACAAACCAAUGUACCCCUGUGUGACUGCUGUGUUAAUCCGCGCUCACCACUGCUUUACAUCACCCGAGCGGAAGUUGACCGAGGACCGCUUCCAGGUGAUGACUGGACCGUAUUCCAGUCCAAUCACUCCACAUACGAGCCAGUGCUACUCGCCAGAUCACGGCUUAGUGCGGAUGAUGCCAAUGGAAGGAUGGUAACUGGGCUCCAGGCCACUGUGGUUCAGGACUUGGGGCUCUAUGAUGGGGUCCAGAGGGUGCUGUUUGGGCAAGGCCUGGGCUACUGGCUGCACCGACUCAUACUGGUGGACGCAAUUGCGUACCUCACUGGCAAGAAACUGUCACGCUCUUUGGAACGGUACAUCCUGGUGGACAUCGAUGACAUCUUUGUAGGAAAGAAGGGGACAAGGAUGAAAGUGGACGAUGUGAAGGCUCUCCUUGAGACGCAGAAUAUGCUGCGAACUCAAAUCUCGAACUUUACCUUCAAUUUGGGCUUCUCUGGCAAGUUUUUCCACACAGGCACUCAGGAGGAGAACGACGGCGAUGAUCUCCUGCUGAAGUACGUGAACGAGUUCUGGUGGUUUCCUCACAUGUGGAGUCAUAUGCAGCCUCAUCUCUUUCACAACGAGUCGUCGCUGAUGGAGCAGAUGAUCCUCAACAAGGACUUCGCACUGGAGCAUGGUAUUCCUGUAGACAUGGGCUAUGCUGUAGCGCCACAUCACUCGGGUGUGUAUCCUGUGCACAUGCAGCUGUACGAAGCGUGGAAGAGGGCGUGGGGCAUCCGAGUGACCAGCACAGAGGAAUAUCCUCACCUGAAACCUGCACGAUACCGCAAGGGCUUCAUCCACAACCACAUCAUGGUGCUGCCACGUCAGACCUGUGGCUUAUUCACACACACCAUCUUCUACAAGGAAUAUCCUGGAGGUUCAAAAGAGCUGGACAAGAGCAUCAAAGGAGGAGAGCUUUUCCUGACUGUCCUACUGAACCCUAUCAGUAUCUUCAUGACUCAUCUGUCUAACUAUGGGAACGAUCGAUUGGGUCUGUACACUUUCGUGAACCUGGCCAACUUCCUGAAGUGCUGGACCAAUCUGAGACUGCACACACUCCCGCCUCUGCAGCUCGCACACCACUACUUUACCCUAUUCUCCGAGCAGAGAAACCCACUCUGGCAGAACCCAUGUGAUGACAAGAGACACAAGGAUAUCUGGUCUAAAGAGAAGACCUGCGACAGGCUCCCCAAGUUUAUGGUGGUUGGACCUCAGAAAACUGGCACCACGGCACUCUACCUCUUCCUCCUAAUGCAUCCGUCCAUCUCCAGCAGUUUCCCCAGCUCCAAGACCUUCGAGGAGGUGCAGUUCUUCAACACCAACAACUACCACAAAGGCAUCGACUGGUACAUGGAGUUUUUUCCGGUUCCAUCAAACGUCAGUACAGACUUCCUGUUUGAGAAAAGCGCUAGCUACUUCCCCUCGGAGGAGACGCCAAAACGAGCCGCUGCCCUGCUGCCCAAAGCCAAAAUCCUCACCCUGCUCAUCAACCCGUCUGACAGAGCCUACAGCUGGUACCAGCACCAGAGGGCCCACGAGGACCGGGCAGCGCUUCGUUACAGCUUCUACGAGGUGAUUUCAGCUAAUCAGCACGCUCCAUCAGACUUACGAUCCCUGCAGAACCGCUGCCUUGUCCCCGGUCUCUACGCCACACACCUGGAGAGAUGGCUCACCUACUACCCACCUGGCCAGCUGAUGAUAAUAGAUGGCCAGCAGCUGAGGAAUGAUCCAGCGGCCGUGAUGGACGAGGUGCAGAAGUUCCUGGGCGUCUCUCCGUAUUUUAACUACUCGCAGGCACUCACAUUCGAUCCUCAGAAGGGAUUUUGGUGUCAGCUGCUGGAUGGAGGCAGAACUAAGUGCUUGGGCAAAAGCAAAGGUCGCAAAUAUCCUCCUAUGGAUGCUGAGUCUCGCCUCUUCCUCUCUCGCUUCUACCGGGAUCAUAACAUCGAGCUGUCGAAGCUCCUCCAUAGACUCGGUCAGCCUCUCCCAGCGUGGCUCCGCGAGGAACUACAAAAGGUCAGGUAGCAUUUAUUCCACUGACCCUGCCUCUUCUCGGGUCAAAGGUCAAGGGUCGUGACCACAAAGGACACUGCACCUGGAGGGAAAGAGGCCAGAGUUGGACAGAAGGCCAGUGAGUGGUGCUGCCGCACCUGAAGUGCUGAAGUGUGGGAGUGAUACCUCAAAGGCAAUACAUGAAACUCGGAACGAGAGAGAGAGAGAGAGAGAGAGAGAGACAGAGAGAGAGAGACAGAGAGAGAGCACGUCUGAAUGCCUGCAAACACUGAGUCAAAAAAAAGUCCAAGACCAAGAACUGGUUUUAUUCCAUAAUUUAUCCAAAUCCAAAUCCAAAGCAAAUGGUGCACGCAGGGAAUUCUGCCACGUUUGAAUUUUCUCUCAAACUGAUAAAAUAAUCGGUCUCAUUUUUUUCAGUCUGUAUUCUUAUUUAAUAAGAAUCACCCAGUCCGCUGAAAUAAAACCAGUUCUCAGUGAUGGUCUCUGCUGUAGAAAGACUACCUUACAGCUCCAUGCUCUGGUCAUCAUCUUCAUCACACAAGAAAGUUUAAUGCAAAUCUAACAAGAUUUCCUGUUUCUUUUUCUCUGACAUGGCCACUGCUCGUAUUCUCUUUUCUCACUCGGACAUGAACUCUUUAGCAAACGACGGGCAAGAAAACGUAUUUACACUGGACACAGAUCCGGAAGUUAUGCUGCUGGUUAAUGGAGCGUCACAGUUUGAAUCUUAAUCAGUGAAGUUAAAUGGACUCGGACGAAGCGACGGAAAUAAAUAAAUUUAUUCUGAAUUAACACUGAAUGGAUGAGCUCACUGGUGAUGCAAUGCUGAGAUUAGUGUGUGUGUGUGUGUGUGUGUGUGUGUGUGUGUGUGCAGGCCAGAGUUCCCUGUGUGAAAGUUUCCUGCUCUUUUAUUUUUCUUUUUGCCUCAUUUGAGCAGAACUGCUCUGGAAAUCUGUACAGAAUAUAUUAUAAAUAUGUAUUAAACACUGGAAAUAUGUUUUAAUAACACCGUAAUUUUCUCUUGAUUUUUUUUUUUCUUUGAUCACAGCGCUGUUGAAUGGUCGAUUCUGCUUGCUCAGAAGAUGUUGAUGAAUUUCCUAUAGCAGCAGCUCUGAGAGUAGUGCAAAUCACAGGCCUAUAUUAAUGACCUUGUAAUAUGUUAUCAUUUCUAUAGUAACAACAUAAAUGCUGCACAUAAAUUAAUAUUAAUAAUAAAGAGAGUUUAAAAAAAUGUGUAUUAGAAAAAAAAAGGUUUAAUCAUUUUUUAAUAUGGUUAAGUUUUCCUUGAGGAGACAUUUCUUUAGCAUUUUUGGAAGGAG